GAAAAGACUGUACCGAUUCCUGAAAAACUGAAUGAAUGGGCACCACGACCUCCCCCGGAGUUUGUUAGAGAUGUGAUGGGUUCCAGUGCUGGAGCUGGGAGUGGGGAGUUUCAUGUGUACCGGCAUCUUCGUCGGCGAGAGUACCAAAGGCAAGAUUUCAUGGAUGCCAUGGCUGAGAAGCAAAGACUAGAUGAGGAAUUCCAGAAGAAACUGGAGAGGAAUAAGAUGAUUGCAGAAGAACAAACAGCAAAACGCAGAAGGAAGCGCCAGAAGUUAAAAGAGAAGAAACUGCAAGCUAAGAAAAAUAAACUUGAACAAAAGAAGCAGGAAAAAGAACCUGGUCAAUCUCAAGAGCAAGUCAGCAGCGAGGAUGAAGAAGAGGAUAGCAAGGAGGAGGAAGAGAAGGAAGACGAUGCUGAAGAGCCAAGUUUUGUGAUGGGAAGAGGAUGAGGCCUUUCAGGGACAGCUGGAAACACUGUUCAUUGCUUUAUAUUCAGGAGCAUGAAAGUCCUUCAUCUCAGCCAAGCAGAACCCAUUGGCUUACGUUACAUCUGCUUAACGGUGAAUGACCUUCACGUCACAGGCCCAAGAGAUAUUGAUAGAGAAAUGCCAAAUAAGAUUUUUUUCUUAAUUGCUUGUAUAACUGCUGUGCAGUCUGCUCUAAGUUUGCUCUAAAGAGUCAGCCAUAAGUCUCUGUGACCCUAGAGUUCUUUCUAACAUGGCCCAGAGUUUUUUUCCUGUCUGAAAGCUAAAACAUAUCCAUUACCAUUUAAGGAAAAUAUUACUGUGAGGGCUAUGUAUUCUACUUAUGUCGAAGCUGGUAGCAGUGGGAUACAUGAAUCUAAGGGAAGAGUUUAACCUAAAGUAGAAAAAUGGUCUGUGGCCAGACUCUCCUGCACUGUGAGUGUUCUGAAUUUGGGGUUUUGUAUGGGGUCAUCUCUAACCCAAAGAAAUCAGUUUAUGUCGCUAGUCAAGUUCUAUAGAUUUUUAAGCAGGGUCCCUUUUUUAUUGCUAAAACUUACCCUAUUACUUUUCUUCCAUGUUUUUUAAAUUAAUAAAGGGGAUGUGUUGGAUU